AUGGAAUAGAGGUAGUAAAUAUCGCCGAGAAGUUAUCACAAUCGCGAAAUCACCUCAUUAAUAUACGAGUUGUGUCGGCGUUCAAUCACUAGCUAAGAGCUAAAUUCCUUCCAGUAAGCAAGUGUUUACAAAUUGGUAAAGUCGAUAUGCAGUGAGGUUGGCUAUUCGAAACAUAUAACCUCGAAUAUUUUUUCAGUGCAUAUCGUGAAAAAUCACAGUAAUUAUAUAAUCAAGCGAAUGAUGGACACCAGAGAGGACAUAGUUAGGGUAAAAGAAGAUCCGAAUGAUACUUGGUCAGACGUAGGUGACAAUUAUUAUUUUGAUUCGGCGGAAUCAUGCGUAGCCAAAAACUUUAAAACAUUCCCGUUUGAUAAACCAUCAGCAAAUCACAUGAAUGGGGUUAUGGCGUUACAGAAAAAGUUAGAUGAAAAAAUAUUCAUUGAUUUAGAGUGCAGGGAUGUUAAACUUAAUAUGAAGUCUCUAACAGCUAUCUGCAAAACUGAGGAUCAAUGUUGUAUACGUAUUGUAAAAAUGGAAAACCAAAUGGAAAACAAAAAAGAGUUGAAUGAUAGAGAUCUGAUAGUUUUGAUAAAAAAACAGUUUUACUAUGAUAACAAUUGCCAGUUUCAAGUUAAUUCCCGAUUGAAGUUUGACAAACAUAAGGAGGUUAGAAUAUUUAAAAAAACUAUAUUUGCCAUAAAUAUUUUGGACGAAAAGGAACCCUUAAAGCUCACCAAAUGGUGGUACAUUAUCAUAGUAAACCCUUCUCAUGCUAUGUUUGUCAGAAAUCAUUUGGACAAUCAGGUGUCCUCAAACAUCAUGUCAACGUAG